UGCAUAUAACGCCUCUCCACAGAAAGAAAAACAAAUUUAAGUUCAUAUCAUUUUGCAGCUUGUUAACAUGUCACGACCAAUACCCAUUGAAAUGAUGGUGCAAGAGUUCAAGAAGAAUCACACAAAUUCUCACUUGUUCAAGAUAGACAAUUUCUCUCUACUCACAAAGUAUAAGAUUGAUUGUAUCGAAUCUUCUGUUUUUGAUCUCUGUGGUCGCAAAUGGAAAAUCCUUGUGAAUUAUAACGAGGAUGAAGAACAUGUCUCCAUUUUCUUAGAGAAUCAAGAUCCACUAGAUGUUGAGCUCGAGUAUCAGGUCUAUGUCGUAAGUCAGUUAAAGGCUGUAUGGUACCCCAAAGUCAAUGUAAAAUGGGACUUUAGUGCAUCAUCAAAACCAAUAGCAAAAGGGAUUACAAAUUUGAUGUCACUGGAUGAUCUUAAGAGCAAAGGGUUCCUUAUUGAAGAUUGUUGUAUGUUUGGUGCCAGUCUUCCUGAUCAGAAAACUGAGAGACCUGGAACAGUUGAAUGUUUUAGCUUAAUUGAGAAGCCUCUCAAUAGCAAAGUCACUUGGAUGAUGACCAAGUUCUCCUCUUUCGACCCUGAAAAGGCUCAUCAGUCCAAUGAGUUCAUCGUUGGAAACCGCAAAUGGAGAAUUGAAGUUCAUCCAAGAGGAUAUGAGGAAGUAAAAGGAGAAUCAUUCUCUGUGUAUCUAGUGGGAGAAAGGUAUAUCAACAAUGCACCAAAGACAAAAACUUUUGCCAAGUCUAAGCUACGAGUAUUGGAUCAAGUUAAUCGGAAUCAUGUUGAGGCAACCGAUUCGUAUUGGGUUGAUGAAGAAUAUGAUGACACUAAUGGUUUUAUGGAGUUCAUGCCACUGUCGAAACUUUGUGAACCUUAUUUGGUGAAGGAUAAGCUUUACGUGGGAGUUGAGUUUGAAGUCAUUUCUGUGGCUAAAUAUGUUUAAGCUAUAAUAAAAUAAAAUAAAGUAAUGUAAUAAAUCAAAUGCUGGAGAAUAUGGUUAUGCAGCUACACAGACUGAGGAUCUGGAGGUGUAUAGUAGACAAACUCAUAUAUCUCUUUUUCUCUUUUUUUUUAAUCUUAUGAAUAAAAAGGAAGAAACAAUC